UGAUAUAAUUUUGUUAUACUUCAAAAUGUAUAAGUUUGGAUUAUGUAGUAUAAAACAUCAUAGAUAUUUUCAAAUAUUUAAUUGAAAAAUGACGAGAAAAAAAAGAGAUCGUCUAGUAACGUUAAUAUAUAUAUACGUUAAUAAAAAAAAAUUUGUAUCAAUGUUUACCUUGUGUAAAUGCACCAAACAAAUUGCAACGCAAUUGUGGAAAACGCAGCAAACGUAUCAAAUAAUUAGGAUUAUCUUUCAGUUAAAAAUAAUACGACAACUGAUAACAAUACGCGGUAAGAGAUAUCUAACAGUAAUAUUUACAAAACAUUUCAUUAUAGCAGCAUUUCUAUAAAAAGUUAUCGACCAUUAUGCCCCCAUGAUCCCGUUAUAGAUCAGAUUCCCUUACAUACUCUACUGUACGCCGAGAUGGCGCAUUCACGUUACAUGUCCGAAAAAGGGGACUCAUCUAACAACACUGAUCAGAAUCGCUGAAACGUAACGGCAUCCAAUGAUCAUGAUAUGAUCAGGUGCUAUCGAACUUCGACGAUUUCUCGGCGUUCAUACUUAUUUGCAUUUUUUACAAAUCGAUUAAUGUCUCUUGGUCUUCUUCGCCACGGAACUCUUAACCGAUUACGUCAAAAAUGCAAGGAAAUGCAUGCCUAAAAUUUCAGCAAAGUACGCCAAAAUAAAAAGACGAAAAGGUAAUAUCUACGAUCAAUUAAGCAUAAAAGGAAACGUCCAGUAGUCAGCACUCCACCUGUUUUCACCACUCUUGCGCGAAUAUUAUCAAAGAUUAAGGCGUAUAGAAAUUUCAAAGGAAACGAACAAGAAAAUAAUAGAUAAUGAUUGCUAAAUAAUUAAUAAGUUCCCACACAUCUUAAUGUUCGUUAAAAUCCGAGCAAGAGCGCCGAAAACUGUUGAGUGCUAUAACCAAUGUCGAUUACUUGUAUAUUUUCCCCUAUCUCUGAAAUAUUCCGAACACUUACCUUGCGCUGUAACGAUCGAUAAAUAAUCCUAAAAUUAACGAGAUAUGCAAUCAUGUUUUUAAAAUUAACGAGAUAUGCAAUCUUGUUUUUUAAUCUACAUGUCUUGAUGUCUUUGUUAUCUUGAUUUUAUGAUUGAUUUUACUUAUUGAUUUUUAGAGGGAAAGGAAAGUAUUCUAGAGGUGUACUUGAUCGUUAUUUCUUCUCAAUAUAUCCUUUUGGCAGGAAUGUUUAGCAUGCAUUUCCUCGCUUCUAUGACGUCGAAGACGAUGAAGCAAUGAAGACGAUCGUGUUGAGAGGCCAAUAGGCCGAUUCUCUAACUCUAUAACGACGAUGCGCCAGUAUAGUGUGACGUUAUCUAGCUUUUUCACCAUUUACUACACCUGCGCAACGACAGUAUAACAACAACACUGUGUCGUUGAAAGUUACAGAGAAUCGGCCUGCGGGAGCCUUUAGUCGUAGCCUGAACCUUUCCUCAGCCGGGUUACCUUCACGAUCACGGCAGGCGAAUACGAGAGAAAGCACCGACUCCGGGAGAAUGGCGUUCAGUCGCGCGGGAGCGUUUCAUAUCGCGCUGCUCGUUCGCCGAGACGCCUAUCCUUAGCCUAGAUCACACUCGUUCACAACUCCGAGUGCGCCGCAGAUAACCGGUGUCAGGCUUCUCGCUUUGUGUGUGAACUCGGCUGCAUUUGGGAGUACGAAAGUGCCGAGAUAAGUCUCGACGGGGAAGAAAGGAAGGGAAGGUGCCGCGCAUUUCCGAAGUUUCAAAGAUCGGGACGCGUCUCACCUCGGAGAAGAGAGGAGCGUGUGCGGCGCGAUCGGCAGCCUCGCGUGUGCGGCGUCCUCUCACCUCGUGGCGCUUGAAGAAGACUCGCGCGCGCGUUGCGAGACACCUUCUGCCGCGACAUUGAAGGUGGAUUACCAAGAACACGUCUGUCGAAAGCCGCACGUGACUGCGCCCUGUCGCUACCAUUGGCCGAUCCGCUCGAUCGUGCCACGAGACGACGACCAGCCGGUCGAUAGGCAUCCACGGAAUCCCGACCCAGUGACAAGCACGUCGAAAGCAUCAGCGGCGGCCGGCCCGGGCCGGCUUCGACGAGGCGCAACUUCUUUUUAAUCCGGCGGAAAAAUGGACAGCGGGGAAGAGCGCAGCGGAGAGUUGGAGCCGGAAACUGCGGUCGUCAUUCUGCGACGAGGCGCUAGUCUCAGGAUACCGUCGACCACCGCCGAGACAGAGAGCGAGCUGGGACCACAGCUACGUCGCGGCGGUUCUCUCAGGAUCCCACGGGAGAACGAGGCUCGCGUCAUCGCACGGCGGCGGGCGCACACCGCGAGCACGAGGUCGUCGCCGUCGUCGACCUCGACCUCGUCGUCGUCAUCAUCGGCGGUGUCGGAUAGAUGCGCGAGCUGCGACACAUCGUUCCGGUCCGCCUGGCGCUACGUACCUGUCGCGAGCGACGCACCUGCACCGGAGUAUCUCGCCAGGAGUCUGCUGCAACUCGGAUGUCCUGCCGUGUCGAUGCCCACACCUCGUGGCGUUGGAUCGGAGCAACCGCCGAGCAGCGACAGCGAUGAUUACUCCACCGCCCAACAUCAGCAGCAGCAGCAACAACAACAACAACAACAACAACAACAGCAGCAGCAACAUCACCACCAUCACCAAGGUCACGCUCACAGCCAUGGACAGAGCCACGGACAGUUGGACGGUUAUGCGGUGCCCAAAGUCCAGGUGUCGGGCCCACCAACCACCGAUGAAUCCGCUUCCAUCAUCAAUGGGUCUGCGGGGUCCAUAGGCGCGCGAUCGGCACCCAGCACGCCCCUGCAAGCUGCCCCCGAUGGGCCGCAAGCCGCGGGCCAACAAUCGAUCAGCGGAUCCCAGCUCACCGUGGCUGGCGCCGGCUACCCUCAACCUCCGAGGAGUCCCAGUCACGCGGCCUUGAGAUGUAACGACAGUCAUCUUUCGAAGCCGCUGAGUAGGAGCACACCAUCGAUGGCAGCUGGCGGUGGCGCGCAGACUCCAGCAAAGGUUAGCAGAUCCUCGUCGAGGUCGUCGCCGACGUCUACCAGCAGCGCGAGACAGAAAAAAUUCCACAGGCAUUUUAGUCAGGUGGCUGAGGACGAACGCGUGCUCAACUACUACAGCUGCGCGCUGGUCGGCGACAUCCUGCUGCAGGGUCACCUGUACAUCACGCCCAACUACUUCGCGUUCUACAGCAAUGUGUUCGGCUACGUGACUAAGCUGCUGAUACCGACGGUGUCGGUGCUCAAGAUCAGCAAGGAGAAGACCGCGCGUAUCAUACCGAACGCGGUGGCGGUGGCGACGGAGGAGGAACGUCACGUCUUCUGCUCGCUGCUCUCGAGGGACUCGACCUUCAAGCUGAUGAAGCAGGUCUGGGACGCGGCGAUGGAACCGCGGACGUCGGAUGUUCUGCCACCGGACGUUCUCACCGACGAUAGAAAGCUCCUCACGCCCGACGUGUCGCAGAUAGACGACUCCGAGGGGGUGAACCCCGAGGAGGACGAUUCCAGUAUGUCCGAGAGCGGCACCGAUAUCACCUCAAGACCGCCGACUAUCUGCACCGAUACCGACGGCGCAUCAAUUGCGGUGAACAGGCCGAGUUUGCCAGCCGCCAGACUGGAGAGCGCAGUAUUGACGAGGCCGCCGAUACCGGGCCGACUCGGCAUAUUGAAAUCCUUGUUCGCUGGAUGGAAGCCUGGCACGUUGAUAACGAUACUGAUGCUCUUGGCGAUUCUCCUGAUGGUUCUCUACGUGUCGGCGGCUGUGAUGUUGAUGCGCAUCGAGAAUCUGCACACCGUGUACGUUAACCAUCCGCUCGUCUCGCCGGAGCGUUUUACGCACGACCGACUGCUGCAUUAUCUCAACACGAACUUGGAUCAGAUAAUCAAGGUACGUCAAAGUCUGCAAACGCUGUCGCAGCAGUUUGUGACGAUGAGCCAGGGUAGCGAGACGGGCCCGGCCAUGUCCGGCAACGUGGUGGAGCCGGAAGACGCGCCGAGUUAGCCCACGAUCAGGCUAAACGAUUCAAUUCAGCGGAACAGCACGAGGCCCCGUUGCCUCGCUGUCACGCGGGACGUCGCCUCCUGAAGAAUGCCGUCGUCGUUAUCAAUGUCUCGUUGCCAUUGUCUUCGUCAUCGCCGCGUUCUUACCGGCGAAACGGGACCGGUGCUCCGCCAAGAUUCGUCGCGGUGCGUCAGUCGCGCGGUCGUUAUCACGUUAUUAUCAUUGUAGCAUCUAAGCUUCCGAGGUCCGACAGUCUACGAACACAGCUCGUUAAACGAGACUUUGGGGCAAAUCUGCGUAUUUUAAUACGAGCCUCGAGUGACGCGAAAACGACCGAAUAGAAUCGAGCGUCUGCGUCUGGUUUAGACCGCUUUAACGGCACACGCGCGUUAAGCAUCGACGCAUAUGUGUAACGUAACACACACGCAUACACACAUAGGCAGACAUACAGAUACACAAUCACAUACACAAACAGACAUGAUACAUAUGUAAAGGCAACACGCGAAGCGACGAGGGUAAGUGCGCGGCGAGCGAAGGUUCUCACUUUUGUUUUGUUUUCUUUUCUUCAUGAACUAGUCACGUGUGUACCUAAGCCCCGGGGUACGGCAGAAGAAGCAGAAUGAACAAAAUGAUAUAUGUAUAUAUACAUAGUAUAUAUACGUAUAUAUAUAUACAUAGUUAUAUAUAUAUAAAGUAUCUAUACAUACAGAUAUAGAAUAAUAAUGCAUAUUUCGCGAUUAUACUUGUUCGUUAAUUAUAUAUUUCGAGCUAGUCGGGCAAAACUACUCUAUUUCACCGCUGCUAUACUAAAAGAAGUCGACACUUAUUACAUAGCGCAUCACAAUUGUGUGAUUAAUUGUAUCUCGACAUCAAGCGCGCAUGCGCGCGCGCCAAGCGAGACGAUGCUUCACCUUCGCGAUAAGUAUCGACCGAAAUAUAAGGGAAUUCGCUUUUUUAUCCGCCACAUUAACUCUUUCAGUACCUUCUUCAAACUCGCAUUUGACAAUGGUGAAACUUCGAUCAGGUCAUCGCGCUUUCUCCCAUUCAUUUCCGGGUUCCGGCAAAAACAGCCUCGACUUUGAUUUUCCCCGCCAUCGCUGGGCAAUGCUUCGAGAGUGCACUGUUAGUGAAGACAGGGAAGGAUUGUAUGACACGUUCUACACUGAAUAAUGAUAAAACUACAAAUGUAAAUAGUGCGAAUAAUGAUAAGAAGAAGGCGUCGCGAUGUUUCUCACUUCAAUUUCAAAUUCGACUCGGUUACCCUGCAAUUUUUACGAUUCAAACUCCCAGUCGAGUGAAACGAUCCCUUCAAAUUCUGCCAAUUACGUUUUCGACCAAUAACACCAUCUUGAAAUCGUUGAUUUGGAUUCGUACAGCAUUAUGUGGCCGAUUCUCGUGCAUUUUCGCACGUCAUAGCGUAACUUAAAACGCAACACAAAUUACAAAUCGAGGAAGGUCUAAACGAAACAAAAGAGAGAGCGAUGAUUCUCGUCUGAGUAUUAGCGUUUGUAUAUUUGUAUCCCACGGUGCGCUUUGGAAGAAUACGUGAUGCUACGCGAAACAGGCACAAAGCCUAUCAUAAGGAAACUCUAUGAAUCAGGGGAAACUGUUAACGUUCUUCUAUGUCUAACUGAAAGGUACUGAAAGGGUUAAACUGCGCAUCCCUCGGAUGGAUCCAGAGAUACGCGAGAAUUCGCGUUCUUCUGUGCGCGACUGUUCCUAUUGCGUUCUCGAUUGUUUCUGGAAGUAACGACUGCGUAUAUUUCCUUCUGGAUUCGAGGUAAUUACGCGAGUCUUCUAUAUCGAAAGUGGCUCUAUCUCGAGCUCAGUGAACACGCCAAAUCUUGAGGAUCCGAUUAAAGCGUAGAUAUGCGAUGUGGCGAAUACAAAUUCGCAGUUUAGUCUACUUGCAUUCAAUUGGCCAUUAAUAACGCGUCGGGUAUAAAAUCUUAAACUUUUUAUUUGUGUUUGUUUCUUUUAUACGUACAAUGCCCAAAGAGCUGAAGAGGCACUAUAAGGACACGAAAAUGGCUGUGAUUAGAAUUUUUGUUAUGUAGUUAUCUCGUCGUUACUUGGAACUUUCAGCGUGAAAAUGUUGGGGAGAAUAUCUAAAUAAAAUAUUUUUGUAGUGAUUUUUAAAGAGUUGGGACACUUUUGAUUUAACUAUUGUAUUUGUAUUAAGGGGGAAAUUUUACUUUAUAUUGUGUUUUCGGACGCGUAUCGAUUCGAGUUUCGUGUUGAGGGACAGUUUCGGGCAUAAAGCAAACCCGUUACUUAUUCUAUCGAGGUUUUAUCCCUUGGCGCACUUUCGAGAUAAACGACUCGCACGUGAAAGUGCUCGCGAAAUCUUUCACUCGUUCGGACGAAUCGCGAAACCGUUGCACUCCUACGUUGCUUUCCUACGGAACGAGGAAUGUUCGGAAAAAAAAACAAAAAUAAAAAAAGAAAGAAAAUCAGAGGUGUUAUUAUAUUCGUGGUUAUGGGAAAGGAGGUGGUUGACUGUGAUAAUAGGAUCGUGGAUGCGUCUCGCGGAGCAACGAUCGCGCUUGACCGUGCGAAUUCUCGUUCCUGAAUAGGAAAUUGAGCGCGAAACCGCUUCUUGCGAAGAAAGUGUCGGAAGCACGAUUUGUACGCAAAACGCACGAACACGCGCCGGGACGAUGAUGAUUGUUCAAAAUUUUUCGCUCGCAAAAGAGAUGGAACGAAUGGAGGAAACAAUCGGUAAGCGCGAUCGUUCUCUUCUCGAGCUCAAUAUGGGAUCUAAGAGAAGUGCUGUUACAUUAAUUAGCUAUAUUUAGGAAAGUGUAAAGAGAAGAAACUCCCUUAAACGUUGUUUUCUACGUUGGUACACACAUACGCGCACACACACACGCAUAUAUAUGUGUAUAUGUAUGUAAAUAUAUACGUGUGUGUGUGUUAUUUUUAAUUAUUAUUAAUUAUAUAUACGUGUAUGGUGAGACAUAUUCGAUAAACACGGUAUAUAUUGCGGUUAUUUUAAAUUUCGAUUCUCUAUCGACCGUUGCUAUUGCCGUUUCCAUUAUUAUUGAGUGGCUGUUGAAUUCGUUGAAUUACUCGCGCGAAAACGCGGCGUGGUGCCGAUCGGACGAUCGCAUUCGGAAUUCACUCGUUCUCUCUGCUUAAUUUCUCCUUCGACAAAAUCACGGAAACGUAGAACGGGGCAAGAGGUAUUCCUAUUUGCGUGCCAGACGGGAGACGCGCUUGACUUCAUGCGCGUCGAUAUUCCGUCUCGCGACGCGCAGAAAAACAAACGCGUACGUUUCACAACAGCGAAAUCGGUCUCGUGGAGGCCGAGUGAAGUGAAAGAGAGAAACAUAUACACACAUAUACAUACGCCCGAUACGUCUCAUUGUUACUGACUCAUUAAAGGCGGAAACCGGUACGUUCCGAUGUAAUGCGCUAAUAAACGCGAGCACCCGCACGAGAGGCAGACACGAAUCGCUUUUAGUCGGACAUCUCGAUAAGCUUUCAAGCCCGCUCUAUCGCGAGCCUUGUCACGUGCUGCAUUCUCGGAAUUUGUCAUCUAUCAUCGUUUUUUUUCAAUUCGCGUAUCGGCACGAUGCACAAAAGAAUCGCGAUAGAUAUCAGUCUCAAAACUCAUCUCACUUGUCUUGUUUGUCUCGAUAAGGUAAACCCGAGAACUCGUUUCCGGCCCGUCUCUCGAGAGACUAUCAAUGAGAUCCGUCGAAUUUUUUAUUUACAAACAAGAGGAAAGAUUGUGGAAAAUCCAACGCGGAAAUGACGAAUAGAUAAAAAUUCUUCCUUCCUCUGUUAUGAUCAUUGUCAUCUAUUGUCAUUGUGUUUCUCAAACUCCUCAAUGCGCAAGAGAGAGAGAGAGAGUAGUCGAAGUUGCCAGAGCGAUCUCGUGCCGGAAACUGAGGGGAAUCGAUUCCGAGAUAAAUUCGCAAAGGACGUCGAGAUGUUUGCGGGGAUUGUAGCCAAUAAACGCGACAGCCAAGUCCAGUGCCAAAUUUGGUAGAAACCGAGUGAGAAGUCACACACAAACGAAGACACGCUUGCUCCUGUGAUUGUCGUGCGCUCGUACAGCUUUUCCGCCAUAUUAGGACUUGAUAUUAAAACCCGCUAUUUAGAAGAGAAUUAUGCCAAAGUGCACGUUGGAGACGGACUUUCAUAAGACGGCGUUAUCUAUAUCUAGGGUGUCGGUCAUCGACCUGCAAUCGCAAUGUAGAAAUCCGAUGGAAUUUUCUAUUCGGCAAAAUACGAUUUAUAUUAUAUUUAUACUCAGGUCGAUAUCCUACGAGUCUAAGGAUUUUUUUUCACCAAGAAAUUCACCGAAUAAAAUUCAUGAUAGAUUUUUUUAACACAGUUGACGAAUAUCUUCAGAAUUCUUUCAAAUUAAAAUUUCACUUCGAUAAUUAAUCAAUGUUUUAUCACACUUAAUAUUUGAUUUAUAUAUUAAUAUACAUUUUAAUAUAUAUAAUAAAUAUUAAUACAUGCAUAUAUAUAUAAUAUUACAUAUACUAUAUAAUUAGUAAUAUUACUAUUAUAUAUAUAAAAUAUUAAUAUCAAUAUAUAAAUAUACGUACACUGAGAAAAAAAUACUUUGGAAAUUUAUUUGCGGGAUGAAAAUUUAUUUUCACAGAUAUAAACUUUAUAAGGUAAAUGUCCCAAUAACUAAACUAAUAAGUAAACACGAUCAGUUUUGCUUUUUUAUUAAUAAAUAAUUAAUGAAAUUACAAAGAAAAUAAAUGUUUAUAUAAAACCUUGAUUUUUUUAUCAAUGAUUGAGAAAUAAUAAGAAAUAAAAUAAUCAUUAAUAAAUAAUAAAUAUUAAUAUAAAUAUUAGUUAUAAUUUUAAUGAGAUAUGUUAGAUAAUGCCAAUUUUGUACCAGUAAUUAAACUGAAAAAUAUACCAUGUUCUAAUUACUGAACAAUAUACGCUUAGUAAUUGAAUAAUUAUUAAAUAAUAUUACAAAUUAUAAUUAAAUUAUAAAGAAAUAUUUUCUUUCAACAAAAUUUCACAAAGACUUUCAGAAAUAUUAAAUACAAAUAUAUUUUUAAUGUUUCAAUCAUUGGGAUAAGGUUCAAUUAUCGGGACAUUUAUCUUAUUCCACAAAUAAAUUUUUGAGUAUUUCUCUCAGCGUAAAUAUGUAUUUAUAUGUACUCAUAUAUACGAUUUAUAUUGUAAUAGUCAAUUAAUUCUCAAUUUACUUCCGCGUUAUAUUUCUUCGCUCAUCUUCGAAGGUUCGCCGAUUGGCAAUUUUGUCGGAUUUCCGCAGAUGAUUGCGAAAUCGUGAUCGACACCGCGAACGAAUCGGCGGCAUCGGAGGGUGUGCUUUGCACGUAAACGGCGCGAUGCGUGGAGGCCGCGAAAGCGCGAGGGAUGACACGAAGUAAGACACGAAACAUACACAAGACGGUGAAUCCCCGAUCCGGAAAUUACCCGAAGCGAAUGUUGCAUUAGUUGAUUGUAUUACGUAGUCAGUAGUAUCCCUCGUUCUUGUUUACGUACGACUGCUACUUGCCUUACCGUAAUGUUUUUAGACAUUUUAGAUGGGUGCUCAACACACGGUCCAUUUAUCUAAGGAUACGCGAGUGUGUGUGUGCGGCGAAAUUAACGUCAGACAGCUGCGCUUUGUAUGUCGCCAUGAAGUGACUUCGCCAUAUCGAAGGCGAUAUAUAUAAUGCAAGUAGGAAAUUCAGUGACACAAGCGUUCACUGUCAUUUUUACACGUAUCACUUUCCGCACUCUACCUCUGCGUGUUACAAUUGACUUGUUAUUCGAUAUUUAAGUGUUGCAAUUUCAUAAUUUCUCUUGCAUGGGUAUUUCUGUCGCGUUUCAAUUAUUACUAUUCUCGUGCGAAACGAAUUAUACGAUAAAUUGGAAAAUCACACAUUAAAUUGGAAGCUAUUAAUAGUCGUUCCUGUCUAUGUUGGAAAAUCAUAGUAUGCGGAGGAACUUCAGCGCGAUAUCCGAAGCGCAGCUCGCAGAUCGGGAGGAAGAUUUAAUAUUUGUUAAGAAAUUUUUGCGUGGCCGCAAAAUAUGUAGAAAGAGAGAGAGGGAGAGAGUGUGUGUGUGCGCGAGAGAGUGAGAGAGAGAGAGAGAGAGAGAUUCGUGUCCGUAAUCGGAUCUCAUAAUUGUUGCGCGCACGCGAACACGAGCGUGGCGAGAGGGAAUCCAAAAACUACAGACAGACCAAUAAUUUAUUACGUAAUUUGUGUAGCUCGAUACACAGAACGCAAAUAAAUUUGAUGAAAACAUUA